GGUCUCGCGGAGGAAAAAACGCGCAGACUGCAGUGUUGACCGAAUGACACGCAAACAAAAAAUAACUGGCGGUUUCUGUUUUCCUUUCACGUGCAAGCCCAGGCGAAGAGAAACAGAUAUUUCCAUGUUCAGUAAGCAGUUGUGGGUGACAGUCCUGGAUGCGCGGUGCUCUCGGAAUAUUUACAUUUGGGUGUGACAAAUGUCUUUAGUCACCCCCUCCGCCACUUCCCGGGACCAAAUCACUGAUGAUUUGAAGGAACACCUGAAGAAAUUGCUCGUGGAUGAAAAGUGACAUUACAGUUUUGAUUAAAGUUGAAUUGCGAACCCAUGUUUGGGUAUUCUGCUUAUAUUUCCAUUAUCUGCCGUCUCGGGCUGUGAUUUGUUGACAUCCUUCAGUUGUGGUUUCUGAUGUAACAUUUUUGGGGAGUUUUUUUUUCUUUUCUGAGUGACUGAGCUCCAAAUGCAUUCAUUGCUGGAUCGGAAGAAGAAAGAAGCCGGGGUUGGGAUAGAUCUGUCUCCGAGCUCUCUGCCCCAAGCUCCGAGGAUGUUCAGCUGUGUGGGCUGCUUUUGGGUGCUCUUAUCGUCGGCUCUGGUCGCGAUUUGUAGUUUCAGCUUUAUCUCUCCGGCAUGGAUUGUUAAGGAUCACCUGAAAAAUAAAGAUUCGGUGAGCUUCGGGUUACUCUGGCACUGUUCCGAGUCCCUGGACCAUAUGUACAGAUGUUACAUAUUUGGAGGGCUUGGAAAAUUCGCUGAAAUUCCCUCCAGUUCCUGGCAGACGAGCGCGGUGCUGUGUUCCGGGGGAUGCGCGCUCCUGGCGGUCAGCUCCCUGCUGGCCAUCAUCACCAUCUUCCUCCCUAGCGGAGCCUGCGAGCGGCGGAUUUGCACGCUGGCCGGGUACAUGCAGAUGGCAGCGGUUUUCAUCAUGGCGUCUGGACUGCUGGUGUACCCCUUUGGGCUCAACUCCGCCCUGGUGAAGUCAUUCUGUGGGGAUUCGGGCAUCUACUACGCAGGAGACUGCCAGAUCGGCUGGGGCUACAUGCUUGCCAUAGUGGGAGUCAUGCUCACGCUCUUCCUGCCUUUCUUUGCCAAAUAUGCACCCAAGGAGCACUUAUCUCCUACCCCUCUGCCCACCAUUUUAUAGUGACUUUGUCUGUAGGCGACUCUUCAGAACACAAGUGUGUAACACUUACACCAAAAGUACACAUGUUGUUCUCUCUCAUACACAAUACUACUUCCACAAGUAUUUACUUUACAGGCUGAAAUAGAUUUUGUAUCUGCCUACAGAUAAAACUCACCUGACUAUUUUAUCACAUUGUAACAAAAAACAUCAUUGUUAUUUUUGUACUUCUGUUUUUUAUUAAUAUACUAAUAUGUUCGAAUGACUAGAUGUCUUUGCCUAUCACGCAAAGAUUGUGAGAAACCAACAAGUCCAAGAACUAUCAAAAUAACCAAUAUCUGGAAGUGUGCCAGUCCCUUCUGAAGUACAUAAAAUGAUUUUUGACUGUAAUUUGUUGGUGUAAUGGACUAUCCUUGCAUAGGGUUACUGUAGCGGUGGCUACCAUGGCCAGCUAUAAUGCAUGGGCUGUGAAUCUAACAUUCCAGAAUAUUCUCUGCUAUCAGGGAGUUUGGUGUGUGGUGGGAAAGCUGAAAGAGGAAGAGGAAGAAGAUUUUCAGGGGCUUUUUAAAAAAACAAAAAAACUCACAGUAAGUCUUGCUUAUUUGAAUAAUCUUUUCAUUGGGGGAAAAAUUUCUUCAGUGAAUGAACACGGACUGAAUUCGAAAAACGCUGAAAAGGAAGCAGAUAAAAUGGAUCUAAAGAUGGAUCUGGACUUGGAAUGGGAUAAAGGCACACCUGCAAUCGGUAACCGUGCUGGACAGAUGCACUGUGCUUUGAGAUUUAAAAGCGUUUCUUGUACAUAGUCUCUGGAUUUGAGGCCAGGUGUCGUAUCCAACAAUGCCGAGGCUUGGGGCAUUCAAGAAGGGAAGAAAUUGAAGGUGAAAUAAUAACUUAUACAUAUUUUAUGUAUGUUUUAAAUGUCUUGUGGCUGCCCAGCCAAACUUCAUACAAUGUGUAUCAGUGAUUUCUUUUUAAAACCUGACUUUGUCAAAGAGAACUACCGCAAAUUAAUGUCUAAUGUCUAAUGAGAAAAUCUAAUAAUUUAAAAUUAUAACAAGCAGAAUUCCAUCAUGUGACUAAAUAAAGAAACAGUACCUGUGGUAACUUUAAAAUGUGUAAAUUCAUUGAUAUAGUGACUUUGUCAUAACAUCUAUGUCAAGCCCUUUGCCAGGUGUUAAAAGGUGAAUGCACAGAACAUUCAAAUUAGCACGCUUUCUGUUAAAGGAUUACCUUGAACUAAAUAAUAAUUCAGGACCAGUGUACUUCAAGGGGAAAGGCUAACUCUGCUGGCUGAAUUGCAGAUCACGUUUGGGUUGGUUCAUGUGCAACAGUCCCUCGUUUGGAAAAACUUGCUUAAACCCAACCGACUUGUGCCUUCACAACUACUGCAACUUUAAAUACCGUUAUCAGGUUGUCAUCAAUGUCUGGCAAAACUGUGUAUCGUUCUGUGAAAUGAUAAACCUGUUUAGUUUCAUUUUUUUCCUACGUGUAUGUGGUACAUUUUUGUAAUGUUUGCAAUUGUACUGUGUAGAAAGAACAUGAUUUUAACUGAGUUGAGAGCUACAGCCAUCCUGGUGUUUCGUAAUACGCGACAGCUCAAGGGAAGGUAUUAAAUUACGCCCUGACAUGUUUGUCAAUUAGCUACGUGGAAUAAAUCACUUUAAUCACUCUAUUAAAAGGUCACGACAUGCUCUUAAUGCGCUAAUUUACCUUACCGUAGGAAUCUGCAUGGUAGAGCUGUGGCCAUACAAAUUGAGGUUGGCCUGCAGUUAUCAGUUACCUGUAAUGUGUUAAGCAUGGCAAACAUAAUUAUCUCACUCGUUGAGGAAACGGCACGUUGUUUUUUUUUUAUCUGUUCAGCAGAUUCCUUACGUUUUUAACUUCAACUAUAUUUUUUUAUGGAUCAAACAAUGUGCUGUAGAGCGCAACAGACUGAAUAUUAUCACACGAUCUUCCCAGCUCCAAACUGCGUUUUCUUGCUGUCCUCAAUUUCACGGUUACCUUUCGAACAAUGGGAAAUAUUAGCGGAGCCUUCCGGAUGGAUGGGCAACUAUAAAAUUGAAAUUUGUAAAAAUAAUGAAAAAAGAAAUUCACCCACAAUGACGAUGUUAAACUUAAACCCUCACUGGCUGUGCUUUGACUCAAAUUGUUGCAGAGGAUUUUUUAAAAACUGUGUUAAACAUUGUAUGUAUAGUCUUAAACACUGGUGGAACUCCGUUUUGUAGACGUAGAUGUGAUGAGUUUCCAUUGUAUCUUUUGGUUGUAAAUAAAGAUUGUGUGAGCUCACUUUUCAUUCUAAAAUGUCCUUUUGAAAUAUAUAUUUUGAAAUAUUACCUCAUCGACGUGUGUUUAACCCCUGAACCUUAACAUUGUUAGCUGUUCUGUGGAUAUGCUUUGUAAUAAAAUGUUUCCUAAACCACAAA